UUUUAAAGCAUCGAUGCGCUCACCUUUAGCUCAAAUUUCAAAUUAAACGACGCCAAACACUUAGUUAUUUCUUAGUUGUUUUCGUUCGCGUCAAGUAGUCCGUUUUUCGUCUAAAUUGAAGUGUCAAAAUUUGUUGUGUAGUCCGGGUCGAGCGAAUAGUCAGUUUACUUCAAGUUUACGUAGAAAUAAGUACACAUCGGACCAGCAGCUCCGGUCUGCUUGUGUUUGUAAAAUUAUAUAUUUUUUUCGAGUCGUGUUUUUUUUUUUCGAUACAGUUCCGUUAGUUCUGUUGUGCGUUGUGUUUUUGGUUAAGAGUUCCGUUGCUUUACACUUUGUUAUCUUUUUUAACCCGUCAAAACUGUAAACAUGGACCUUCGGAGCUGGGGCAAGGUCCUUGUUUGCUGGGUUAAAGAGUGUCACUUUAUCAGCGACUCGUUCAGCUCGCUGGAACAUUCCGACAUCAACGCGUUCUUCAGGGCCUUCGUGAAGGAGGUCAACGCGGAGGCGGUGGUGAAGGAGGCGCUGCAGGAUCAGCCCAAGAAACGCCGCAACCCCCUGCAGGCCUUCCUCAGAGCGAUCUAUCCGGAGUUCAAUGCCCACGUGAACGAAAGUGGUCGCCUGGUCCACUCGGAGUACCUGUACGCGUACACACUGCUCCUGCAUUAUUCGUGCGUGAAGGUGCCCACUCUUUUCUUUCACAACCUCUGCAAGGCGCUGCCGGAGCAAAUACAGGCCUGCAUCGUCGCCCUCUUUGAGCAGACAGUGGACCAGCCACUGACGCGCCAAUAUCUCCGCCAGUCGAUAGCCAACGUGGCCAGCGUUAGCCGGCAGGGCGUCCCAGUCAGUCCAAGCCAGCCCAGUCCCGAAAAGGCGGACAACGAUGUUAAUUCGUCCCCAUGCUCGUCCAGACCCACCUCGCCACUGCCGGCGGACAGCACGCCACGGCUUCGGCAAACGCCAAUCCUCCAGACAUCCGACAGCGACACCCCGCAGACUCCGAAGACAGAGCUGCUUGAGGCGCGAACGCGGGAGCUGCGCGGAGUUCAAGCCCAGCUGGCGGUAAUGAGCUACGAAAAGAACGUUCUCGAGGAGCAGACUGUGGAGUGGGAGGGUUUAGUCAAAACUCUAGACAAAGAGAAUAAGAUAGCCAAGAGUGAGUUGGCGAAACUAAAGGAGUCUAAAGCCCAAACCGAAGAGGAGGAGGCUGAUCUGGCACCUCGUUGCGAUGAGUUUGAACAUUUGAAGCGAAGCCUGUUAAAGGAGAUCAGUCUCAAGGAGGCAAUUAUCGCCGAGACCAACGAUAAGCUGAUGGAUUUGCACAUGGAAAAGUCCGAGCUGAUCGAGGAGCUCAAAAUGUCCGGGGAGCAGUUAAUGAUGAGCAUGGAUCGUAACCGCGAACUGGAGGCGCGCCUUGACGCCAUUAACUUGUCGUUAACGAUCAAGGAUAACCAGAUCCGUUCCCUUGAAUCGGACAAGGAGGAGCUGGAACGAUGCCUUCAGGAAGCUCGCGAGGAGCUGCACAGUAGGCGGGAGGUGCUCAACGCAUCCUCCGACUUGUUGGACUGCUCCCUAUCGCCACAGACCUCGCCACCCGAGAACCUGGCCAGCGCAGUUAUUGACAAACAACUGCGCGAAAAGGAGCACGAGAACCUCGAGCUCCGGGACGAGCUGCAAAAGCAGAACGAUUCUAUUCGUCGGCUUACCCAAGCCGUUACUGGAAUUGUCAAACGCUACGACCCGGAGCUCGAGCUGUUGGACAAUCCCGACAAACAGCUCGAUCAGCUCCUGGAUAAGUGUCAGACAUUAGCCCAAGAAGCCCAGACGAAGAUUGUCAAUCUUGAAACGGAAUCCGCAAAAGCCUUUCGUAAGCAUCAGAAGAAAGAGCACAAGUUCGAAAUGGAACUUUGCGACAGGGACAUUGCUCUGGUGAACUUGCGGGCGGAGAACGAGGCGUUAACCGAAAGCCGCGAUCAGCUUAAAGAGAGGGUCGCAGACCUUUCCUGCAUAGAGUACCAGCUAACCCAGAAAGAACAGCAGCUCAACCAGUUGGGGGCUCAAAUCAUGGAGCUGCGCAACAAGAACGCAUCCCUCGAAAGAAGCCUCGAGCGUUUUGAGGAGGAUCGAAGCGCCGAUGCAAAGCUGCUGCAGCAGAAACAGAACUGUUGCGACUACCUGCGCAGUAAGUACGACCAGUGCCGCAGCCUGCUGAAAACCAGCAACGAGGACAUGGCCAUGCUAUCCGAGCAGCUAAGAGUGGACGGCUGGCUAAACGUGGUGAAACGCGUAGGCGAAUUGGUCGAGGUGCAGGCGCAGCACGAAGAUCUCAAGCGGGAUCACGCAGAUUUGGAAACGCGCCUCCAGGUGAGCCUCAAGGUGCACAACGAAUUGCUGGAGAGCCGCAAACUGCAGCACAUCGACUUCACCCAGUGGCAUGAGGCGGACCUUCGUCACGCUGAAUUCGUAGAGAAGUCGAAGGCCAAGGAGCAGGAAUAUCAAAAUGUUCAGCAACGCAACACAGCGGUUAUUCAGAUGCUUAAAGCGGAUCUGGAUAAAAUGGAGAAGGAGCAGCAAAACGCCCAGCAAGAAAAGGAGCGUUUCCUAAGCCGCAUUAAUAGUCUUGUUCGAACUGAAAGUACUGAAAAAUCCUCUGUAUCUGGGGAAACUAUCGAGGGGUACGAGGAGGUUGUAUUGUUGCUUGAGCAGCAGAUAAGCAAAGCCGCCACUCUCAACGCGAUAGUGAAUGAUCAGAUUGGGCAGUUGGCAGAACUUGGACGGCAGAAGGACACUGACACCGACGAAAGCAGCCGUUUGGCAAUCAAGACCAUGUGCAAGGGGAAGUAUAGCGAGCAGGUCAUCGCUUCGCUGGAGGCCACGCUCAAGAAGUGGCAUGCUACACUGAAGUCCAAAGAAGCCGAAAUGGCCAGCAAAGCCCAGGAGUUAAGCCAACUGCAAAGUAUUAUGCAGCGCUCCACAAACGAGCUGUCUUGGUCACAAAACCUCGAAGAUGAAGCGGCCAGUGUCAAAAGAACCAUUAAGGAUCGUCUCAGGACAUUUGGUGUGCUUACCAAGGCAACGGAAGGUGGAGGCGAGGGCCUUAUCUAUUGGGUGAAUGAGUUUGUGACGACGUUCAACGAAAUGGCCAUGAGUCGCGAUGUCCUGGAGAGGAGGUGCGAAAAUACCAACGGGAUCGUCGAACAACUGCAGCGGAAGAAGGCUCAAUUGGAGGAGCAAAUGGUUCAGCUGCAGGGCCAAGUGGUUCAGCUGCAGGAUCAAAGCGAACAAAUGGCCUUCAGCCCAACCGGCCCCAAAUGGAAGCAUCUCAGGGACACCAUCAAUAACCUGGAAGAGGUCAACAGUAGGCUGAGCUCGGACAACGUGGAGCUGCAUAAGAAGCAUUGUGCGUUGAGUCAAACUCUAUUCGACUCGCACACGGAGGUUGGUCGUCAUGCGUCAAAGAUUGUCGAACUGGAGGCUGCGGAGAAGCGGAAGACAGGCGAGUUGUACGAGUGCCAAAGGAAGUAUGACGAAUUGAAAGCGGAGCAGACGGCAACUGAAGAGAAAAUCUCAAAGUUAAAGGAUUCAUAUGAAAAACAAAUUGAAGAGUUGAAAGCCAAAUGUGAACAAGGCAGCAAAGAUGCAAAGAAAGAGGUAGCAGAAACCGAGCAUUCUGAAGGCAAACUGCAGGAAAGCAAGGAAGAGAUCCAGAAAUUAAAGGAGGAGAACAUUGAGAACAGCCAACAGUUGAAGGAUGCAAAGGAGGACUACGAGAAGCGCUGUCAAGAGCUCGAGAAGCAGAAGGAAGAGCUUGAGUCGAAGCUGAAGACUCUCGAAGCGGAAUGCCAGCAGCGCUCGGAGAAGGUAGCCAAUAACGCGGGCAACGAUGACGAGCUGAGGACACUCAAAUGGCAGCUGGAGGAGGCGCGCCAGUUGGAGCAGCAACUGCGCCAGACGCUUUCCACGCACAAACAGAUAAUGGAGGAGUCGUGCGCCGAGCUGGAGGAAUCUCGUUACCAGUUGGGAACACUGCGCCAAACGAUUGCGGCGCACCAGAAGAUUCUGAGCGAAUCGAGUGCCCAGGGCGAAGCGGGUGAACUGCAGGAGAAGCUGCUCCAGCAGCUGCAGAGCGUUAUGAAUGGCGGCGAAUCCGGAUUCGAAGUAGCCGGCUUGCCAUCCGAAGUCAUGCGUCACAGGCAAUCCGGAUCAUCGGGUGCUUCCAAGGCUAAGGCACAGGCGGAACUCGUGGCCAAGCUACGGCGCGAAAACAAAUCCUUACAACGGGAAUUGGAAGCUCAGGUAUCCAAGGAAGAGGCUCACCUAGCCGAAGGCAAGGCUAGACUGCAUCGUGAGAAUGAAGCUCUUAAAAAGGAAUUGGAGGAGGCUCGUCGCAGGGAGAAGCAACUGGGCCAGCAGAAGCCAACUGUUGAGGUUAAGUAUGCCAGGACCCUGGCCGCACAAACCGAUCUUGUGGGCAAACUGCAGCAUCAGAAGGAGACGCUCAGAAAGGAAUUGGAUGCGAUUCGCGCCAGGGAAAAGCAAUCGCGCCACCCAAGGCCAAGCGGCCGAAGUCCUGAGCCAAGGUAUUCCCGGGAUAGGACACCACAAACCGAAACGUUGGCCAAAUUGCGGCGCGAGAAGGAGACCUUGCAGCACGAGCUGGACACGGCGCGCCAAACCAUUGAGAGCAAGGAGCAGGUUAUCAGCGAGUCGCAUGCCGAGCUGGAGGCCUUCCGUCGCGACAAGAACAAGCUGCUCGAGCAGGCCGAGCUGCAACUUUCGCAAGCCAGAGCGGAUCUCGAGACCCAGAAUGAGCUCGUGGAAUAUGUGAAGAAACAGAAGGAGCAAGUGCAGCAGGAGUUGGAUGAGGCGCGGCACCACGAGUCGAGUACCGAAAUGCAACUCGCCGAGAGACAUGCUAUGCUCGAUUCCCAGGUUGAGUUCCUUGAGACUCUGCAGCAAGACAAGGAGGCAGCGCAGCGGAAACUGGAGGAGAUUAGCCUGCAGGAGAAGGAACUUCGCGAACAGUUACUGAACAGGUCCAAUAAUGAGCAGGCCCGGGACUCGCUGGCCAAUUUGUACAUGGAGAAGGUCUCUGUGCAGGCCGAUCUGGACAAAGCCCAGCUAGUGGAGAAGAUGCUGCGCCUGGGAGUGAACAGGUGCUUGCAAGCUGAGAGGGAUCAUGCCGAGACACGAGCUGUACUCGAAACUCUGGUGGUCUCGACGGAAUCUUCUCAGCGCGAGUUCGCUCGCCUUGUGGAGCUGCAAAUGAGACAGGAGGCGGAGGCGGCGGAGGGCAAUGGAAUGCCGGAAGAAAACCUAUCGGUGGGCGGAAUACUCAGGGAGCUGGAGAAAUCCGAUUCCCAGGAGUUUGAAUCGCACGCUGUUAUGGAGAACCAGAAGCAGCCAACAAACGGUUUGAAGAAAGAGCAGUGCGAGGAGAGCCAACAACCAUCCAAUACUCUGAAGGAACUUGCUGAGGUAAAGGCUUCAUUUGAGGAACUGCGCGAAUCCUUGGCUCGUUUACAGAUUGAAAAGGAGUCCGUUGGGCAGGAACUAGAAAAGGCUCGGCUGCAGGAGAAGCAGCAGCGUGAGCAAAUGCGGGAACUCACCGAGGCUAAGAUCUCACUUGAGAAGCAAACAAUGCUCCUGGCCAGUCUGGAGAGCGAGAAGGAGUCUGUGCAGCGGGAAUUGGAGGAGAUUCGCCUUCGAGAGAACCAACUGCUCGCGCAGAUACAGAACGGAUCGAAAGCUGAGCAGGAACUCGAGAAACAAACUGAACUUCUCUCCUAUUUGGAGAACGAAAGGAAGUCGGCACUGCGGGAGCUAGAGGAAGCUCGCCUUUUGGAGAAGCAACUGCUUGAGCAAGUACAGAAAGGAUCGCAAGCUGAGCUGGAACUUAAGAAGCAAACCGAACUCUUAUUCAAUCUGGAGCGCGAAAAGAAGUCUGUAGAGCGGGAACUGGAGGAGAUUCGCCUCCGAGAGCAGCAUCUGCGCGAGAGGGUACAGAAAGGAUCGACAGCAGAGCAGCAGCUUGAGAAGCAAACCGAACAGCUAUUCAAAUUGGAGCGCGAAAAGGAGUCGGCACAGCGGGAGCUAGAUGAAGCCCGCCUUCUGGAGAAGCAACUGCGCGAGCAGAUCCAGAAAGGAUCGCAAGCUGAGGAAAAACUUGCCGAGGCAAAGGCGUUGCUUACAAAACAAACCGAACUUCUGGGUCUCUUGGAGUGCGAAAAUACGUCUUUACAGCGGGAUCUAGAAGAGUCUUGCAAACUGCAGAAGGAGCUACAAGAGCAACUGAAUAUCAAAUCGAUCGCUGAAAUGGAACUAGCUGAGGCCAAGACGUCCCUUGAGAAACAAACGGAAUCUGUGGCUAAAUUGCAGUCUGAGAAGAUCAAAAUAGAAGGCGAUCUGGAGGAGUCCCGCAAACUGCAGAAGGACCUACAAGAGCAACUGAAGAACAAAUCUAUCGCUGAAGUGGAACUAGCUGACGCCAAGGCGUCGCUUGAGAGACAAAGCGAAUCCUUGGCUCGUUUACAACGCGAAAAGGAUGCCGUCGAGCAAGAACUAGAAAAGGCUCGACUGCAGGAGAGGAAGCAGCAUUGGCAAUUGCAGGAAUUCAUUGACGCUAACAGUUCGCUUGAAAAACAAACCGAAUCUAUGGCUAAAUUGCUGUCUCAGAAGAAAAAUAUAGAACGGGAUCUAGAGGAGUCUCGCAAACAGGAGAAGAAGUUACUUGACCAACUGAAGAACAAAUCGAUUGCUGAACAGGAACUUUCCGAGGCCAAGGUCUUACUUGACAAGCAGACGGAAUUCCUGGCCAAAUUGCAGUCCGAGAAGAUCAACGUAGAGCGGGAUCUGGAGGAGGCUCGUUCUCAGGAGAAACAACUUCGCCAGCAAGUAGAGAACGGAUUGAUCGCAGAGCAGGAACUUUCCAAGGUUAAGAUUGAGCUUGCCUCGCAAACCAGUCGCUCGGCCAAGUUGCUGUACGAGAAGAACGCUGCAGAGCGGGAACUAGAGAAGGUUCGCCUGGUGGAGGCGAAUCUCCGCCAGCAAAUGCAAAACAAUGCGAGUGGCCAGCAGGAGAAGGAAAGGCUCUCCGAAGUGCUGAGCGAGAAGCAGGCUUUGCAGCGGGAGCUACAAAUGGCCAGAGAUCGGCUCAUGAAGGCCGAACGCGAUCACCAGGCGAAGAUGUCCACUCUCGAAGACCAAGUGGACACCCUGGAGCGCGGGCAAAACCUGGAGAUCGGAGCCCUCAACUCUGAGAUUGAGCAGCUGAAACGUCGCCUGGCCGAACGGGCGAACCAUGUGGUCGAGAUGCAGCAGCGCCUGGACAAGGAGGUUGUAGAGCGCAAUCACCUCCAGGAAGAGUUGGGCCUAGUCACCGAUCAGCUGGCCAGUAAAUCCGAGCUGGAAUUGCGUCUGGGCGUCGAAAUCGCGGGACGCAAACAGGCCGAGGAGCAGCUGGCCGAGAUCAAUGAGCGCAUGGCCGAAGUCAACCAGGAAUUGGAUGGCACGCGGCUGGUGCACGAAGCACAGCAGUUCGAGCUGGAGGAGAAGACCCGCGAAAUUGAGCGGGAACGCGCCGAAACGGUGGAGCGUAUUCUGUCCUAUGAGCGCCGCCUGGAAACCCUCGAGCAUCAGUUGGCCGAAAGCAACCAAAUGCUGGCCGAAAGCAACCAGAAGCUGGCCGAGAUCCAGGCUGAGAUUCAGGCCAACGAGACACAGGGUCCCAGUGAUCUUGGCGCCACCUACAGCAAGGCGGAUGUCCCCGAAUCGGAUGGCAGUCUCGGCGAGCUGACGGCCAGGAAUAACAAGCUGGCGCUCGACUGCCAAAUACUGCAGGCCAAGUACCGCGAUGCCAAGGAGGAGAUCCAGCGCUGCGAGCAGAAGAUCAAGGACCAGCGGCUGGAGAUGGAGGGCAAGCUGGACAAGAUGAAGACCAAGAUGCGAUCCCUGUACACGGCGGAGGUGACUCGCAUGAAGGAGAAGCAGGAACGAGAUGCGGCCAAGAGCUCGGCGGAAAUGGAGGCCCUCACAGCCCAGAAUGCCAAAUACGAAGAGCACACGCGCAAGCUGUCCAACCAGAUUGUCCGGCUGAACGAGAAGAUCCUGGAGCAGCAGAAGCAGCAUGCGAUCAUCAGCACCAAGCUGCGCCAUCUGCAGAUGCAGCCCGUCUGCGAAGCGAAGCCGUCGAGCUCGACGAUCACCGUUUCGGCCACUUCGUCGACGGCGACCGAGGAUUGGCAGCCCUUCAAGCGACCCAAUGCACCCUCAUCCAAUUUGGCAAUGGAAGACGAGGAGGGCGAGGUCUUUAAUAACACCUACUUGACGGAUCUAAAGUUGGGCCGUGUUCCGGACAUAACGGCCGAAGAACUUAUCUAUCGCAAUUCGUUGCAACCGCCACACUUGAAGAGCACCUAUGCGGCGCAGUACGAUCUGAGCAGUCAGGACGAGGAUAUUAAAGACGGACCGCAUAGUUUGGAUGACAGCAUGAGUGCAUUGUUGAGCUCUUCAGGCACGGGAACGCGCAAGAAGUCGAUGGGCACCCACUAUAAGCGACCAGGACCUCCAACGCCCAGCAAGAACGGCGGACGAUUGUCCUUCGGCAGUUCGGAGCCACCGCGCGAAAUUCUGCGAGAGUUUGGCGAUCAUAGCAACACCGGCAAGACUCCGGCGCGUUUCAAGUUUCUUACGCAGCGUUUUAGCGUUGGCAGCAGCGGUUUGCCACGGGACGAGCUGCCGCGUCGUCAGCGGCCGAAUCUUCUGACCGGCGUGCACCGCCGCAUUUUGCGCGAGGCGGUUGGUUUGUUUUGCACCUCAACGCCGCGCAAGAGUCGCUCCUACUACGAUCAUCAGCGUAUGAUUCGUGCCAGCGAUCCGAAAACCUCUGCGGCUAAUGAAGAGGAUCAGGAAGAGUUGGUGGAGGAACAGGAGGAGGAGGAGGAGGUAGUGGUUGAGGAGGAGGUAGAGGAGCACCCAACGGAGGAUCAAGCUGAACAGCAGGGCACUCCGCACCUGUCGAACGCAGCACUGCUGGCGAUGACCAAAGGCAACACGCGUCGUCUCACUGGUCAAGCGAAACUAUGUAAAGGUCGUGUUUCCCUCUGCUUGCAUGGCAAUAUUUUUGCCAAGAGCCGACCGCCGGCAUUGAAAAGCACUGGCACGCGAGUUCAGCUGCGCCGAAAGAUGCGUCAGGAGCGGAUGGGUCGCUUCGACAAGGCGCGUCACCUCGACCAGAUGUACACCUCCGGAAAUGUUUCGUAUGCGGUGCAGAAAUCCGGAUCUGGCGAUAAUAACAACUACAGCUUUCACAAUCGCAAUGAAGAUCGAGUGGAGCGUCCGCUUGUAAUGGGCAAAACCGUUGUAGUGGAGGGCAGAAGAGGGAUAGGAAGUCCAGCUGUGGCGGCCACUUUCAGCGUGGAAAAGCACAAUACCACUUGGCAGAUGCAGCAGCAGUUUGAGACCGAGAACCAGGCCACCUGGACGCUGGCAAACGGCGAGAGUGCGCUGGAGCAGGAGAGCCAGGAGGACUGGCGUUUCGAGCAGUUGUGCCAGGAGACGGAGUCCACGGCACCGUUCCAGCUGCAGCCGCACAUCUACAAGCCAGCCGAAAUGCCAGCGGAGCUGCAGCUGCCACAACUGGCUGCCUCGAGGAGCAGCAACAUGACCGGUUGCAGCUGCACCACCAACGUGACCAGCGUCUCAUCCUGUACCACCUACUCGAUGGGCAGUGUGCACAUGCAGCCGCUGCCGCAAAUCAAUAUCACCUACGUCCGGCCAACGAGCUCCCAAAUGCACAACAAAUCCACGGACAACCGCUCACCGAUGGCUCGAAUUUGGCGAGCUCUUCGCAAUCUGAGAUUCGGCGAGCGGGUGAUCGUGGGACUGCUGUUGCUGGCCAUCGUGGACUGGGCACGCCGGUUACAGGUAACAGACUGGUGCUGGUGGUAAAGGAUUGGGACUUUGAAAAGGCCCUACUCGUGGUUAUUAGGAUCAGCCUUCAGAUAGCUCGCACCGCCAACCAAAGCAAUGGAAAUCUCACAAAUCCCAAUAUGCUAGGCUCAAAUGAUUGCAAUAUGUACUCAUGUCUUGUCCAUUUUACAGAAUUCCCCGCCCAAGCGACGACUUAGCAACAUGUUCAAGCGCAAGUAGGGGCGCUUUCGUAGUAUUAUAUAUCAUUCCUGUACCUUAGGCAGAUCCGUCAACGUCUCUGGAACUACUACUUACUUAUAACUUUCGCAAAAAAUGUGAACAUUCGAACUGGCUUGUUUUGAAAUCUUGCUUUAUUAUAAUUUAUCAGUUUUUUUUUUGAUUUUCGUUUACAAUUUAAAUUUAAAAAUUGAUGUUAACUGUAUGUUUCAUUGAGUGUAUCUAUGUAUCUACCGAUGCCUUGCAUUGGCUAGCGUAAACUAAGGGCAAGCGUAAGAUAUGAACAAUAAAUUUAGGAACAUACGUAUUUAAAAAAA